AUGAUAGGAUCACCGCAACUAUUAUUUUAUGUUGCUCUCUUUGUUUUGGCUGAGAGCAAAGUAACUAAUGUUAAUCGACAUGAAGCAAGAAAAUUUCCAGAUGGAAUGCUUCUCGGAGCGGCCACUGCUUCGUAUCAAGUCGAGGGAGCGUGGAAUGAAGACGGCAAAUCGCAAAAUAUAUGGGAUACCUUGACCCAUCGAGAGCCUUGCGUUAUUGCAGAAUGUCAUAAUGGCGAUGUGGCUGAUAAUUCAUAUCACUUAUAUAAAAGAGACGUAGAAAUGAUGAGGGAACUUGGUCUCGACUUUUACAGAUUUUCAUUAUCAUGGUCGAGAAUUUUACCAACUAGUUUCCCAGACAAGAUUAAUGAAAAAGGAGUAGAGUACUAUAAUAACUUAAUUGAUGAAAUGCUUAAAUACAAUAUUCAGCCAAUGAUAACCCUGUAUCACUGGGAUUUACCUCAAACCUUGCAAGAUAUGGGUGGUUGGACGAAUCCUCAUGUAGUGGAUUGGUUCACUGACUACAGUAGAAUUGUUUUUGAACUUUUUGGAGACAGAGUAAAAUAUUGGUUUACAAUAAAUGAACCCCGAGAAGUUUGUUAUCAGGGAUAUGGUAUGGCAUCUAUGGCACCUUUGUUUAAAAUGUCUGGAUACGCAGAUUACAUUUGCUCCAAAAAUUUAUUAAUAGCUCAUGCUAAGGUUUACCAUAUGUAUAAUAAUGAAUACAGACCUACGCAAGGUGGCACUAUUGGUAUCGUUCUGAGUAUGAAGUGGUAUGAACCAGAAACCGAAGAGCAUGCUGAAGCUGCAGAAGAUCUUACACAAUUUGAGUGGGGCAUUUACACUAACCCUAUAUUUUCCAAAACUGGAGAUUUUCCUCAAGUAAUGAAAGAAAAGAUAGCCGCUAAAAGCAAGGCUCAAGGAUUUCCACGUUCAAGGCUGCCCGAAUUUACUCCUGAAGAAAUAGAAUUAGUAAGGGGAAGCUCUGAUUUCCUCGCGAUCAAUCACUAUACUACAAAUCUGGUUUAUAGAAAUGAGUCUGUUGUUGGAUAUCAUGCAUCCCCCUCGUACUUUGAUGAUAUCGAAGUUGUCUCAUAUACAGAUAACUCAUGGGAAGGUUCUGCAUCUAAUUGGUUAAAUGUGCUUCCAUGGGGCUUUCAUAAGCUGUUAACUAAGUUGAGAGAAGACUACGACAAUCCCACUAUUUUUAUAACUGAAAACGGAUUCUCAACACGACAAGGACUAGAAGAUGACGAUCGAGUAUCAUAUUAUAGGCGGUAUAUUGAUGUGAUGUUAGACGCCAUCGACGAAGGCUCUGAUAUCAAAGUGUACACUGCGUGGAGCUUAAUGGAUAACUUUGAAUGGUUAAGAGGAUAUACAGAACGAUUUGGCUUAUACGAAGUGGACUAUGAAAGCCCGGAGAGAAUUCGCACACCUCGCAAAUCUGCCUAUGUUUACAAAGAAAUCAUUCGCUCAAGGUCACUUGACUUUCACUAUGAACCCGACAUGAGCUUACCUAUGACUAUCGAUGAAGGACAUUAA